AUGUCAAUCAACGUCAGGCAGACCACAAGUAAACCAAUGUCAACCAGUACCAGAGAGUCCACCAGUCAGACUUCUGAAGAGACUUCAGGUCAACCAAUGUCAUCUAGAACCAUGGAUAUCACUACUCAGCCAGUGUCAACCAGUACCACAGAGACCUCUAGCAUUACUAAGAUCACAAGUCAACGAACAUCAACCAGUACCACAGAGACCUCAACCAGUAGUAAAAUCACUACUCAGCCUGUUUCCACAAAGACUCCUGCCAGUACUGCAAUCACUAAGCAGCCAACAUCUACUAGUUCUAAAACCACAAGUCAGCCAAAAUCAACCAGUACCACAGAGACCUCAACCAGUAGUAAAAUCACUAUUCAGCCUGUUACCACAAAGACUGCUGCCAGUACUACAAUCACUAAGCAGCCAACAUCUACUAGUACUAAAACCACAAGUCAGCCAAAAUCAACCAGUAUACAAGAGACCACUAGUCACCCAGGGACAACCAGUUCUAUAAAGAACACAAGUCAGCAGAUGUCAACAAGUAGCACAGAGACCACCAGGAGUACUAGUCAAUCAACGUCACCCAGUAUCACCCAGUCCACAAACCACAAAUCAAAGUCAACAAACAUCACAGAUACCACCAGCCAACCACUGUCAACCAGCAUCAUACAAACUCUUAGCCAACCAACAUCAGCUAGUAUGAAAAGGACAACUAGCCAACCAAUGCCAACCAGCACCACAAAGACCUCCAAGACCACAAGUCAACAUACUUCUACCAGAAAGACCACUAAUCAGCCAAAAUCAACUAGGUCGACUGAGACCUUUAGGAAUACAAAGAGACCACCAGAGACCACUAGUCAACCAAUGUCCACCACUACCAGGAAAACCACUAGUCUGGCAACUUCAACCAGUACAUUUAUAACAAAACAUAGUUCUAAACUGGUACCAACCAGUGCUGUUACACAUCUUUCCACACAAGUCAUCAGUAUGAAGAAUGCAACCAAAUCCCCGACAGGUUAUCCUCUGUGGUUCAUUAUCGUCAUAGCCGCCAUUACUGCUGUGGUCACAACCCUUCUAUUUUUACUUUGCUUUACGAUUGGAAAAAUGUUAAAUCGUUCAGGAUUUCACCGCCGUUACAAUUCACAUGCUUAGCAUCAGUAAGGGAUGAAUUAUCCAUCUUCAAGAACAGACAGUAGCCUCGAAGACGCCACCAUAAUCUAUAAAGAGUUAUUUAUGUUUUUAUUUCCUAUGAUGUCAUCACCUGUGAAUUAGACAAAAUACCAACUGGCUUCGUAUCUCAGAUACGGAAUUUUAGAACAUACUUAUCUACUAUGAAGAUGGGUGACCGAGGUUCCACCGCCAUUUUCGGAGAAGUGAACUUGUCUUCUCAAUGUGAGAACCAUGUUUUUGGUGAUAUGGUUUGAGUACUGGUUCUAAUAGUGGAUCUUUCCAAGCUUUUUCCAGCAUGUGCCAGAAAAGAUACCUCCACUACCACGUACUAACGAUCAUCAAUGAACCCCCUCCUCCACCUAUUUCUAAUAGCUGUCUACAUAAGCUGACCAUGGGGUCUUUCAAACCUUCUCAAAACACCCACGGUGAUCCUCAGCACUCCAUAACAAUGCAAAGGGACUCUUCGAUGAAAUAUUUAUACGUAGUUAGUGGCGUCGGCCUGUAUUCCCGACGUUAGUUUUGGCGCCAUUAUGUAGAAUUAUCUUAUAGAUUCCAUAUCUUGGCAGGAAAUUAAAAGUUGCCAUAAAUUAUAUAUGUAUGUGAAUCUCUUACAUUUAUUUACGUAAACUUUUGUACAGAAGAACCUAACAUUUUGUAAAAAUCUUCUUUCAUCCAAUCAAUUUGCUUUUAGAAACUUGAGAUUAUUUCUUUUGCAUAUUACUAAUGAACUGAAUGAAUAUUUGAAACAUUGCCUCACAUUAUUUAUUUAUCAUUUAUUAUAGCUUUAUUAUUAAAAAAAAUAUAAAAAAAUUAAAAAUUAAUAUGUAAUAUUUGAAGCAGGUAACUUGUCCCAGCCUAUAAACUGUAGAGUUGAUUUCCCCAUUAAAAGUGAGAGUUUAUGAAAAAAAAAUAUAUAACAAUUAUUCAGCUGGAA